CUCAGUCCUGCAUGCCGCCGACCGCGCGGAGGGCGUGGGACUGGGAACGCCGUACGGUGGGGUCCGAGCAGCACCGCGUCCUCCUCUCCCCAGCCAGCUUCCAGGUCUCCCAGGGAAACGGACGCAACGAGCACAGGACGGCCCAGCGGCUCCGGCGCAGCGCGCGGCUUGGGAGCGCGGACCCGCCGCACUUCGCGGCUGGGACCACCUCCGUCCCGCCCUCCGCCCCCCAGUUGAUACCCCGCCCAGACCGGGGCUCCCCUGCGCGGCCAUCCUUGGGCUGGGGGGAACCCUUCUUUCCGGGGCCUUUUCCAGACGCCUGGGCCGGGCCCAGAUGCACCUGGGCUGCUUCCGCCCUGGGCGCCACCCCUCGCGCAGCUAAGAGAACUUUCCCCGGAGCCUCCGCGGCCUGGCGCGCCCAGGGCACACCCCCUCCCGCCGCGUUCCCAGCUGGGGCGUCGCUCCUCUGCCCGCAGGUCCCCGCCUCCCGGCUUGGCUGAAAGUCCUGAAGCAGCCGCGCUCCGCCGCCGCAGCAGGCAUUCCCGGAGGGAGAGCUUGAACUUGGCUACACUCGGCCACCCGUGAUGAGCUCGGGGGUCCCCGGACGGGAGCCACGCCCCGCGACGAGCUGACCUCCCCUCGCCGGUGUCAGUAAGGAGCCUGCUGCCCUUUCCGCCCCUCCCGGCUGCUCAGCGCCCAGUGCUGGGGGACGGGGUAGCGGACGGAGCGACGACCCUCGUCUCUGCCCCCGCUCGCAUGGCCGGGGCGUCGUGGGUGCUCCUGACACAAAAGAAGAGCUGAGCGCUUCCUACUCGGCGGAGCUGACCUGGGGCUGCGGGGCGGGGUUGCGGCUGGAAGUGCGCGCCGGCGGGAGACUCCGCAGGCCGUUCGGAGGCCGGGACGUCGGGGCCGAGCUCAAAUCCGUGCGGCUGGAGGGAGCCGCAGCGCUUCCAGGGGCUUCCAAGGCCGGGGAGGGCCUCGAAUUCCGUAUCUUGCCCCAGUGCCAGGAGACUUUCGUCGUCCCCAGGACUGCAGGAGGGGCCCGCGCCUCGGUCUUCGGAGGAUCCCGAGCCGCAGGAUGCCCGGGGACGCGCCGCCGCCCUCGGCGCCCAGUUCCGCAGGCGCUUCACCGGCGGCUCCCGGGCGCUGACUCUCCCGGGCUUUUCCGCCCUCCUCGCUCCCGCCCCGCCGGGCGGCUAGGCGGCCGGGACCCGGACCCCGCCGGGAGUUGCUCCUCUCGCCCUCACCAAGGCCGGGACAAUAAAUUAAUGCGUCGCGCUUGAGGGGAGGGGGCGGCUGGGCGCCUCUGUGGCAGCUUUCUCGCCUGGCUGGAGACGGCCACAACCGACAUGGGCUGUUUCUGCGCUGUUCCGGAAGAAUUUUACUGCGAAGUUUUGCUUCUGGAUGAAUCCAAGUUAACCCUCACCACCCAGCAGCAGGGUAUCAAGAAGUCAACGAAAGGUUCCGUUGUCCUUGACCACGUAUUUCAUCACGUAAACCUUGUGGAGAUAGAUUAUUUUGGCCUGCGUUACUGUGACAGAAGCCAUCAGACGUAUUGGCUGGAUCCUGCAAAAACCCUUGCUGAACACAAAGAACUGAUCAACACUGGACCUCCAUAUACUUUGUAUUUUGGUAUCAAAUUCUAUGCUGAAGACCCAUGUAAACUUAAAGAAGAAAUAACCAGAUAUCAGUUUUUCUUGCAGGUGAAGCAAGAUGUCCUUCAGGGCCGCCUGCCCUGUCCCGUCAACAUUGCUGCUCAGCUGGGAGCAUAUGCCAUCCAGUCGGAACUUGGAGAUUAUGACCCGUAUAAACAUACUGCAGGAUAUGUAUCUGAGUACCGGUUUGUUCCCGACCAGAAGGAAGAACUUGAAGAAGCCAUAGAAAGGAUUCAUAAAACUCUAAUGGGUCAGGCUCCUUCUGAGGCUGAACUGAAUUACUUGAGGACUGCCAAAUCCCUGGAGAUGUAUGGUGUUGACCUCCAUCCCGUCUAUGGAGAGAACAAGUCUGAGUAUUUCUUAGGAUUAACUCCGGUUGGUGUUGUUGUCUACAAGAAUAAAAAGCAAGUGGGGAAGUAUUUCUGGCCUCGGAUUACAAAGGUUCACUUCAAGGAGACUCAGUUUGAACUCAGAGUACUGGGAAAAGAUUGUAAUGAAACCUCAUUCUUUUUUGAAGCUCGAAGUAAAACUGCCUGCAAGCAUCUGUGGAAGUGCAGUGUAGAACAUCAUACAUUUUUUAGAAUGCCAGAAAAUGACUCUAAUUCACUGUCAAGAAAACUCAGCAAGUUUGGAUCCAUACGUUACAAGCAUCGGUACAGUGGCAGGACAGCUUUGCAAAUGAGUCGAGAUCUUUCUAUUCAGCUUCCCCGGCCUGAUCAGAAUGUGACAAGAACUCGAAGCAAGACUUACCCUAAGCGAAUAGCACAAACACAGCCAGCUGGAUCAAACAGCAUCAAUAGGGUAACUGCAAACAUGGAAAAUGGAGAAAAUGAAGGAACAACUAAAAUUAUUGCACCUUCACCAGUAAAAAGCUUUAAGAAAGCAAAGAAUGAAAAUAGUCCUGAUACCCAAAGAAGCAAAUCUCAUGCACCAUGGGAAGAAAAUGGCCCCCAGAGUGGACUCUACAAUUCUCCCAGUGACCGCACUAAGUCACCAAAGUUCCCUCACACGCGUCGUCGAAACCCCUCCUGUGGAAGUGACAAUGACUCUGUACAGCCUGUGAGGAGGAGGAAGGCCCAUAACAGUGGCGAAGAUUCAGAUCUAAAGCAAAGGAGGAGGUCACGUUCUCGCUGUAAUACAAGCAGUGGUAGUGAAUCAGAAAAUUCUAAUAGAGAACACCGGAAAAAGAGAAACAGAAUACGGCAGGAGAAUGAUAUGGUUGAUUCAGCACCUCAGUGGGAAGCUGUAUUAAGGAGACAAAAGGAAAAAAACCAAGCCGACCCGAACAACAGGCGAUCCAGACACAGAUCUCGUUCGAGAAGCCCUGAUAUCCAAGCAAAAGAAGAGUUAUGGAAGCACAUUCAAAAGGAACUUGUGGAUCCAUCUGGAUUGUCAGAAGAACAAUUAAAAGAGAUUCCGUACACUAAAAUAGAGACACAAGGUGACCCAAUCCGCAUCAGACAUUCUCAUUCGCCACGAAGUUACCGCCAGUAUCGCAGGUCCCAGUGUUCAGAUGGGGAGCGAUCAGUUCUCUCGGAAGUGAAUUCAAAAACGGAUCUUGUGCCACCACUUCCGGUGACCCGUUCUUCAGAUGCUCAGGGUUCUGGGGAUGCUACAGUUCAUCAGAGAAGAAAUGGGUCUAAAGAUAGCCUGAUGGAAGAAAAAUCUCAGACACCUGCAAGCAACCUGGCUGGAAAACACACAGCAAAAACAAUAAAAACUAUCCAAGCUUCCCGCCUCAAGACAGAGACCUGAUCAUGACGACAGGUCAAGGAUGGUGUGGGAAGGUUGUGUGAACCACUGGUUCUUCUGAAACUGUGAACUACUUUAAUUCAAAUCUCAGACCUGCAAGUAUUUCUUCAGCAUAAGAAAAUACAUAUCUUUUCCCUUUUUCUUUUUUGAGAUGUAUCACUCUGUUGCCGACUAGAGUGCAGUGGCGCUAUCUCAGCUUAGCACAAUCUCAGUUUCCUGGGUUUAAGCAAUUCUCCUGCCUUACCCUACUGAGCAGUUGGGAUUACUGGUGUGUGCCACAACACCCAGCUAAUUCUUUUGGUUUUUAGUAGAGGUAGGAUUUUGCCAUGUUGGCCAGGCUGCUCUCAAACUCCUGACCUCAUGAUCUGCCUGCCUGGGCCUCCCAAAGUGCUGAGAUUUUAGGCAUGGUUUAACACAAUACAGUUAUGCUGAAGGGCCAUUUUGUUUUAACUGGAAUAAGGAUUUUUUAAACAAUUCACUUGAAACCACAUUUUCCUUUUUGGAACAGGAAAGCAGUCAUUCAUUUCUGAGUAUCAUGUGUCUGUGUCCACAACCAAGACCAGAUGCAUCUGAUGAAUGCUCUGGAAUUCUGGACUGCAGCUAGCCUGCUGUGCAAUAGGAUAAGUGGAAGUCCUCCCACCUCUGGGUUGGUUCUCAGCUAGCACCCAGGUGCAGAAGUACUGAGGCAUCACUUUUAGACUGCAGAUAUUUUUAUUCAUAUAUUCUUUAUAAUACUGUAUUUUGUGGUGUUAAGUUCCACCAGUUAUUUACAAAUGAUGUAAAAAGCUUUAAGUGUUGUUAAUUUGCAAGUGUUCUUGUCCUGUGUUUUCAGAAGUCUAAGUGGAUUUCAGUUGAUGUCUCACCCCAAACCUCAAAUGGCCCAUCCACCUUGCUUGGUCAUCUAACUCACCUGCUCUCCUCUAUUUUGGACCUUUCCUCCCCACAGAUGAUUUUACAGGGAAAAUACUUAGGCAGGACCCUCUUACAUGUCCCCCUUACCACAUACAAUUCUCUCCACAGCUGCCAGCAGCCCUAACCUUUUUGUUUCUCUACCUGUGCUUCGGAUGCCAUCUCUUCCAACCUUUUCAGCAUCUCUCCUCCUCCUCCUAUAUUAAUGUAUUCAAUCAUUCUCUCAGCUAGAUCCUUGAUACUUGGUUUUAAAUUUAAGACUAAGAUUUAAACAAAACUCUCUUUCACAACCAGAAAUCCCCCUCUAGCAACUAUGACUUUCCUCUCACUCUUGAGCCAAUUUUCUUGCAAGAAAAAAUUCCAAGUCAUUGCCCUCAUUCAUCUAAUCCCUAUCUUAAGCUAUCUCUAAUACAGAUUCUUUCCCACUACUCCAUUCAACCACUGUGUCACUUAAUCCCAGGGAGAAUGUUGGACAUUCUUUUGCUGCUUUAAUGUAAUCCUACUUUGUUCUUAUCACUGGCCAUCCUUUCUAGCUCCAUGCUUUACCUUGCUGUUAAUUAGUGGACUUUCUCAAACUUCACACCUUAGGCCCUCUUCCUCUACCCUGUACAGAUCUCAUUUAUACCCAUAGCCUUAAGUUUUAUUUGUGUAGUUUAGACAAGAGUAAUGUUCUACUGCAAAAAGACCACUUGUAUUUCUCAAAGGUAAUUCAACUGUUUAAAUGCUGCUCCCCAGCUGGAUCUAGGGUCAUUAUGCUCAUCAGUGUGCAAGCUUGACACGUAGCAGUUAGGGACACCUCCACUAGUUGGCUCUGUCAUCAAACCCUCAACCACCUUAUUUCACUAGUCCAAGCUGGUCAUCUCACCUAGACAACAGUAAGCAACUUAGUUCAACUACCUUUUCUUGCAAAUCUAAUUUCCCACCAUGGAUUUAUCCUGCUUUAUUUAAUAAAGCCAGAGGGAGACUGAAGUGGUCUGGCUUCUUUACCUACCUCUUCAGCCUCAUUUUGGAAGACUCCCACCUCCCUUAAUAACCCUAUUAUGAACCUCAUUAAGCACUCAAUUGUAAAACAGGGUACUGAAGAGGGAAAGCAACCAAAACUGUCACAGGUGUAAGUGGACUUAUGGUCAUCUUUUUUUCUAGCCCAAGCCUGUGUAUAUGUCAUUCCCUCAAUUUUGCCUCGUGACAAAAAUGACACAUACCUUUAAUCUCAACUCUGCUCUCUCAGGAUUCCCUAAGAACAUCCUAUCAUGGAACUCAUCUCACAGUGGAAGUUUUACAUUUGUGAUGACAUUCCCUUCAUUCUGCUGUUUUCAAAGGGAAGAACUGUGUUGUGCUCAUCAUCGUGUUCUAAGCUAUUAGUACAGUCCUUUUAAUAAAUUUUUUGAAUACCUGAA